AUUCGUAAACUAAAUAUUAAUUGUUUACACGAUAUAAUAACAGUAUAUCUUUAUAUUAAGUAAUUUACAAUAAGUUUCUUAAUAAAUUGUUCUUGAAAACCACCACAAUUUUAAAAUGUAUACUUAAUUAUGUUAAAAAUAUUAUAUUUACUGUGAUGGAUCAACAAAAAACACAUCAGACGACAAAAAAAAAAGAAAAUGAAAAUAUUGAAAAAACACUGCAAUGUGGAGAAUUGUCUGUCCAAUUUGUUAAAGAUACUCAUAAUACUACAUCAGUGACCAAUAGCCCUAUGAGACAUUAUGGACGAAGAAUGAAAUUAAAUUGCAGGAGUGGUUAUUGUCUUGCUAUAUUGCCAGAUGGAACAGUUACCAGCUCUGAUGACGAUUUGAAUAAGUUUUGCGUAAUAGAAUUUACAUCAAUGUUACCAGGACAUGUACGCAUUAGGGGAGUUGAGAGUAAUUUAUACUUAGCAAUGAAUAAACAAAGUAUAUUAUAUGGAGAGUCCAAUCCAAAAAAAAAAUCAACAAUUUUUAUUGAACAACCUCAAGGACCAUAUAGUACAUUUUUAUCUUUUAAGCAUCAACAUAAAAAUUGGUUUGUAGCCAUAAAAAAAAAUGGAAAAAUUAAAUUGGGCUCCCAAACAAGAAGAGGGCAAAAUUCUACAAAUUUCUUACCCCUUAUGGUAUGAAAAAAUCAGAUAUUCAUCACAAAAUGCAAUCUUCUGAGAAGUUGUCUGAAAUACACUUGAUGCUGACAUUAAAUUUUCUAUAUACUGUCCAAGUACCUGAUUUUCUGAUCGUAGCUUUAAGUUUUCUUCUUUAACGCUAUCUACACGCUGAGAUAAAUC